AUGAAGCUCACCGCGAUCAUCACUGCCGCUGCCCUGGCAUUCGCAGCUUCCGCGAGCGCUGCAACGUGCACCCCAGGCUUGGACUACUGUUCAUAUGUAUUGUUGGAUGUCGAUCCCAGCAACAGUAAUGCUAUCUCGCAGACCUUACAAAACAGUGGAGGUGGCAGUUAUGCCAAUGAUCAGGAUUCAUGGCAUGGCCUUAUAUUCCAUUGCAACAAUGAUCAUUCUCUUACUUGGCGGAGGUGUGGCUAUGAUGAAAUGUGUGACAAUCAGGGCGCUGGCAAGAAUGACAUCUGUAUUAUUGCCCCCUUCUAUUGA